UUCUACGCCAUGGUAUAACAGCCGUCAUCCUCUCUUCUUACUCCUACGCUCCUACGCCCCUACGCCCCUAUGCCCCUACCAUAACUCCCCUAUAUGUGUCGCCGAGUCUCUCGAAUCUCUACAUUCGUAUACACCUAUACAUCCUACCGCCCGGCGCCGCGCAUCCCAACUACCGCCUAUACUCCCAGGAACCUACGUAAUACGCCCAAGAGCGCGCACGCGCCUCGACACCUGAAUCAGAGCAGUACAGGGCUCGUGACAGUCGGCAUCCUCGUUGCCAUUACAAUUGGCGGCGCAUUGCUUAUACCCCUCACCAAGAGCGCAUCAUCGAAUAGAAAUCAACCACGAGACACCUCUGAGGUAUCUAAAACAUCAGCCUCGACCUUUAUAACAUUGGAAAUGACACCUAAAAUGCCUCCCGGAAGGCCCGGGACCCUCACACCCGAGCAAGAGGUCAAGCUGCGCGAGUUCUGGGCCGUGACGCUGAGGGUCUUUGGUGUGUACGAAGAGCCGACAGCUGAAGAGCCCAACGGCGCCACAACUCCACGCGCUUCGACAACCGAGCCACCAGAAACUGGCGGCAAGAAAGACAAGCGCAAGAGUCGGCUCCACAUGUUCAGGAAAGGCAAGGACAAAGGUACGGAUAGCGAUUCUGUGUCAGGGACCUCGACUCCUUCGGACUUGAGUCAGUUGAGUCUUGCGGAUGGUGAGGACAAGCACGGCGAGACGAAAGACUUCAGAGCCGCCUUGGCGAGCACCAAGCCCGAUGACUUACGCAAAGCCUUUUGGAGCAUGGUGAAGCACGACCACCCUGACGGCCUUCUUCUCCGCUUUUUGCGCGCCAGAAAGUGGGAUAUAGAGAAAGCGCUCAUUAUGAUGAUCUCAACAAUGCACUGGCGGGCUGGAGAAAUUCACGUUGACGACGAUAUCAUCCGCCGAGGUGAAGCUGCGAUGCUGGAACAAAGCAAAAGCGACGACCCAAAGCUGAGAAAGGAGGGCCAGGACUUCCUUGACCAGAUGCGAAUGGGCAAAAGCUACUUGCACGGUGUUGAUAAGGAGGGCCGGCCUAUUUGCGUAGUAAGAGUGCGGUUCCACAGACAAGGCGAGCAAAGUGAGCAGAGCUUGGAGAGGUUUACUGUAUACACCAUCGAAACCGCGAGGAUGCUUUUGAGGCCACCGGUUGACACAGCUACCGUGAUUUUUGACAUGACCGACUUCUCCAUGGCGAACAUGGAUUAUACGCCUGUAAAGUUCAUGAUCAAGUGCUUCGAAGCAAACUAUCCCGAAUCGCUUGGCGCUGUUCUGGUCCACAAGUCCCCUUGGAUUUUCCAAGGCAUAUGGAGUAUAAUACGUGGCUGGCUCGAUCCCGUUGUAGCAGGCAAAGUGCACUUCACAAAAAACCCCGACGAACUGGAGGCAUUCAUUCCCCGAAAGCAAAUACCAAAAGAAUUAGGUGGCGACGAGGACUGGUCAUACAAAUAUGUCGAAGCCGACCCUGCGGAGAACGCCAUCCAGGCAAACAUUGAGCCACGUGACCAACUCCUUGCGGCUCGCAGCGAGAUAGUUCGCAAGUACGAGGGCACAAUCCUGGACUGGAUACGAUCCGCCGGCAAGGAAAGCGCUGACGAGAAGGCUUCCUCGGAAUCUGUACGGGUGCAGCGGGAUGCGCUUGCAGAAGACCUGAAGAAGAACUACUGGGAGCUGGAUCCGUAUUUGCGGGCGCGAUCGUACUACGACCGCACAGGAGUUAUACAGGCGGGUGGCGUCUUAGAUUUCUACCCUUCGAAAGAGCCACCCAAGGCUGAAAGCGCGAAACCGGUACUGAACAAAGUGGAGACGAGUCCGGAUGACUUGGAUUGAAGUCACUAGUGUCCAUGUAUCCAGUUGUAUAGUUUUCGUGAAGAGGUCGAUGCGUAUUCGACAGUUUGGAUUUUGGCUAGAGCGUCCUAAGUU